UUGUGGAGUUUUGCAAAAAUAAAAACAUCACUAGAAUCAUUGUUUCGUAACCUGCCAAAAUCGAGUAGUAAUGUAACAGUUGUUGUUCCUCUACGAGAUUGUGGAAAGAGGGAAACAAAUAAUUUCCUAAAAACAAUAAAAAAUAAAUACAAGUAUUGGAUUGAUAACAAUGGCUUGAAAAUUAUGAAAAUACCAGGUACAUUUAAACUUGAUGCAAGUAAAAAUGGUCUAAGUCAAUUUUGGGGUCAUUAUACAAACUACACUCAAACUUACAUUAAGAAAGCAAAGUUUCUUAUUCGAGUCGUGACGUUUCUUUGGACAUUUUCGAUGACUCGUUCCGAGUACUUUAUUCUGUUUACUGAUCACAUGACCAUCCAAAGUGAUAUAUUACAGUCUGUAAUGACCGCUGUUAACAGCUGGAAGAAAGAUAAAUGGCUGUGGUACGAGUCAAUUCCUGGUUCCAUCGAGGGAAGUAUUUAUAAAACAAGGCAUUUUCAUGACUUAUUGCAACUUAUCAACAUAUUUGGGAAUCACAUGCCUCUAAAUUACAUAUUGAAAUUUUACAGACGUAAUUUUAGAAUAUCGAAAGGAAUAAAAAAUAUACAUAAGCAAUUGCCAGUUGAGGAAAGUUAUGAGUUUAAAGCGAACAAUCCAGCAGCUACAGUUAGUACAUCAUUAGAAAUUAGUGGAGGAGUAUCAAUUCAAAGUCUUUAUGAAAAUCGUCAAGGAUUCUUCUGGUCGUGGCCACCAAAAAAAGGAGAUUAUAUAAAAAUUGAUCUCAAGAGUUUCCUUCAUAUUAAACGAGUACGUAUUGAAACUGGUUCAUUUUAUACGAGGAUAUCUUUCCUGGAGGAAUUGUGUCAGUAUUAUUUAAAAAUGAAAACCUAUCGAAGCCAUUGUGUCAGGAGUCAAAAAAGUAUAAAAUCAUGGCAAAAAUUCGGGAGCCAAUUAUUGAUCUUGGGGGUAAUGAACUGUCUCAUCGUUCGGUUGGUUGUAUCAAGAUUGACAUUUGGCCUAUAGCAUCUGAUGUUUAUGAUUCAUGGUUGAUAAUUAGAAGUAUCGCUAUCUUUGUUAAAUAGUAAUGAUCUUUGUAAAAUUAUUUAUCUCCAGUAAUUACUAAUUGGUACAGAUAAUUACUGUGAAUGUGGAUAAUUAGUGAUUAAUGUAGCAACUUUUUGUAAAAUUCCCAACAAAAACAAAACGAAGGGUUUUAAGCAGCUAGCAGUGCACACCCCAUUUUUGCUUUAUUUUUGAGGAAGUUCAUUAUCCAUCGACUGACUUAUAAAGUGAUCAACCAUGUUUUUUUUUAUAAAAUAACUAAUUUCACUUCUCAAUUUGUGACAUAUGUCUUUCUAUAAUUUUUUGACACGAAACAAAUGAAUAUGUUCAAAACGUGUAUUUAAUCUAAAUGCGUCUCUGUACGAUUAACAAUUGAACUUCAACAUCUCAGACAAUUGAAUGUAAAGGAAAUACAAAGCUGAUCAAACAUGCAAAUAUAUAAUAGAGAAUAACAUUUAAACUCUGAGCAAUUUGAUUUAUCGUCGUAAGAAUAUGAUAUAGCAAAUUUUGUAAAAAAUAAUUAAACAAAGUAACUAUAA